AUGGAGAGUACAGUAGGAGACCUUUCCGAAAAUAUGCACGAGGAUCAGGGGAUUCAAAAAGUAAUUUUACCCACUGAUUUCAAUAAAUGCUCUAGAACUGACCUUGUGGUACUCAUAUCACGGAUGUUAGUAUCAUUGAUAGCAAUCAAUGAAAAUUCCGUAUCUAAGAUACCUGAAAACCAAAUUACUUUAACGCGAUACCAUUCCAAGAUUCCACCUAACAUAUCAAUUUUCAACUAUUUUAUACGACUGACUAAAUUUUCCUCUCUAGAACAUUGUGUGCUUAUGACAUCACUUUAUUAUAUUGAUUUGCUACAAACUGCGUAUCCUGAUUUCACGCUAAAUUCAUUGACAGCCCAUAGGUUCUUAUUAACAGCCACUACAAUCGCAACAAAAGGUUUGUGUGAUUCAUUUUCUACUAAUGCACAUUAUGCUAAGGUUGGGGGUGUACGAUGUCAUGAAUUGAAUAUACUAGAGAACGAUUUUUUAAAGAGAGUGAAUUAUAGAAUUAUUCCGAGGGAUCAUAACAUUAUGUUAUGUAGUAUAGAACAAAAACAGAAAAAAUUUGUCAUAGAUAAAAACGCAUUAGGGUCUUUUGAUUUGGAUUCUUAUUCCUAUACUGAUCGUCCAAAAAGUGGAUAUAAUGUCCUGGAUAAAUAUUAUCGAAGAAUAGUUCAAUUGGUGGGUUCCUUUAACGCUUCACCAGAUAAGAGUAAGAAAAUUGAUUAUGUUCUCCCGUCCAAUAUUGAUAAGGACAAUGAGAGCGGUCCUCAAAUUAAUGAACAAAGGGGAUCAUUGCCUAACCACUAUUCACAGAAACGAAACUCUGAGGCAAAAGACGCAAAUACAUAUCACAAGCGGUCAAAACCUGAUUAA